CAUUUUGUACACAAAGUGUCAGAUGAUCCAAUGGAAAGUCGCCGGCAGCACAAGAGUUCCGGUGAUAUUUUCUCUUUUCACAGUCAGGACCAAGACUCUGAGUUUGAGUUUGGUUGUGUUACACCAGACUUGCCUUCAAGCAAGAGCUCCCCAGCUGAUCACUUGUUCUGCAAUGGCAAGCUUUUACCGCAUGUGUUUCCCUGCCAAUCGGCUAGUCCUCGGACCGAUAUCGCCCGAGCAAACAGCAGAACAAGCAGCAUUAGCAGCAAAGACUCAUUGGUGUCGUCCAGAAGCAAUAGCACAAGCAGUAGGAGCAGCAGCUGUAGCAGUGCAAGGACAAGCUCAAGCGAUAAUUCUGAGAGGAUGAGAGCAUGGACUACUAUGCAGGCCAAAGUUGUGGCGAAAACCGCGAUAACAAGAGACGGGUACCUUGCAAAUAGGCCUGUUUUGGCUCAACCAUAUGGGAAUUCUCAGAGAUGGCAGUUCAUCACACCAGCACCGGUCCUGAGCCGUGAGCCUUCGCGUCGGAGAAGAGCUGGAGCUGCAGUGCAAGAUGACCAGUUGAGGCAGAAGAAGGUGGCUGUGGAGAAGAGGAGGGCGAAACCCGGGAUUGGAUGGAGGUUUUUCAGGUUAUUCAUGUCAGCCUGCAGAGAAUGCCAUGCCAUGGAACCAUCAAGGAAAGAAAAUAUCAAGUCAGGGUAACAACUCAUGGAUCUGGGGUUUUCAUUUGUCAAGCAUUUUUUAUGGGGUCAUCUGCUAGCAUUUUGAUGUGUUUUUCCUGCUUUUGAAAGCAAAAACUGCUUUAAUUUUUACAUUCAAAACAAAGAAACUACUCCCAAAAUGCUAUCAGAAGAUUACAUUCAUGAUCUAUUGAUGAUUCUGUUGUGGUUUUGUCUGAUAUUUCAAGCUCUUUUAUAUAUAUAUAAAAGGACCUAAGAGCAAUAUGCUGUAAAGGGUUGUGAUUUGUAAUCAACACGACUGUGUUUCAGCUGACAGUUAGCAGCAAAAGAUUGAGUGGUGUCUGGUUUUCUUUCAUAAAAUCAAGCUCAUCGAGCUCUCCCAAUGUGAAUUCAGUAUAGAUUUUGGCAUAAAAAGACCAUUAAUUUAGAGUCUUUCAUAUGGGUUAAACUUAGGAAAUAGCAUCAACUUGAAUAUUUCAUCUCAAAAAGAUGUCUCCCCUAAUAUUCUUAUACCAUAUGCAUAAAUUCUCAUUCUUAUUUGGUCCAAUUUUAGACAAAAUACAACUCAUUUUAACACUGAAUUCAAGGUAAAUGGAGACUCAAUGUUUCAAGGUGAUGAUUGAAUAACCUUCAAACAAAGAUUGAUAACUUCUUGGCAAAGGGUGUUUUCAAGACAAUGAUUUAAUGAAGUUUUAAAGAAAAAUAAUUGAUAAUUUUUAAGUGGAACAUUAGUCACUUUCAAGGUGAUCCAACCCCCCAAAAAAAAGAACAAGGAUUUAAAAAACCAAAAAAACAAAAAAACAAAAAACCAAAACAAAAAAAAAAACACUAAUUUGAAAGAUGGUCAAAAGAAAAAGAUGUCAUAUUUAAGUCUAGGCUGUGGUGGAGCCAAAACAAUUAUAUUUUGUCCUAAAUGGGUCAAAUGGAUAAAAACUAAAUAAAUAAAUAGAUAAUAAUUAAAAUAAAACAAAAACAAAAUUACUCCAAGAUCAAUAAUCUUGGGUCAUUUCACUGAAAUUCUUGCUUUUGGAUCUCUGUAUGAAAGGCUUAGACAUUGUGCACCAACAAAUAUAUGGACGUGGGAAAGAUACAUUAAAAUUGAAAGAUUCCAUUCUGUGUUUUGAAGAUAUCGCUUCUGAAAGCAAAGUUUCUUAA